AUGCUGCCUGGAAGGUACAUAAAAAUAAUCUGUGCCGUGGCAAUUAAUUUGACUUUAUUUUCAUUUCUUGGUAUAAUUGCAUUAUCAAUUCUUUGGCACACAAAACUGACGCCAUUUCAGGAUUAUUCUCUUGUGAUUGACGUCGGUUCAAGACAUACCAAGAUUUUUGUCUACACAUGGCCAGCUGAUAAAUCAGAUGGACUUGGUACAACAUCUCGAGUCAGUCAGGUGAAGUCAUGCUCUGUUUCUCAUGAACCUAUUACAUCAGUCAUACAUCCAACCGAGAAUAAUGUUAAGAACUAUUUUGAUACAGGAAUGACAGAAUGUAUCAGUACUAUUCCAUCCACUCGGAAAAGUCGCGCUUUAAUCUUUCUCGGUGCAACUGCUGGUCUUCGACUAUUCAACAUCACAAAUCCGGAUUAUAUCAAUCGUUUGUUGAAUGCUACUCGUGCAUAUUUCGGUACACUUGGCGUGCUAUUUGAUGCACCUGAAUUUCAAGUGCGCAUCAUCGAUGGAAGUGAAGAAGGUUUAUCAGCGUGGAUUUCAACGAAUAUGCUUUUAAAAGAACUCUAUGAGCAUCACCAACCAAUGGAGACUUAUGGUGUAACAGACAUGGGCGGAGCAAGUACUCAGUUGAGUUUUAUUGCACCAGAUGCUACUAGCGAGCAUUACAAUUUGGAUCUAUUCGGUAUAGAUUAUGAUGUAUAUUCACAUUCGUAUCUAUGCUAUGGAGAAGAACAAGCACGUCUCGUUCACCAAGGUCAAUUGGUACAAGAAGCCAACGAAUCUUAUUCGAUCGACGAUCCAUGUUUACAAUAUGGUUACACUGAAGAGAAAAGCUACGAAGAUCUGUUCAAUACAGCAUGCGCUCGUGGUAAGCAUGCACCUUCCGAAGGUCUUAACACGUCGGCAAUAUUUUCAUUCGUAGGUGCUGGCGACUACAAGUCAUGUCGAAUAGCAAUGGAAAAACGUUUUAGUAAUUUAUCAUGUACUUCGUCAUCGUGUAGUUUCGAUAAUAUCUACCAACCAAUUCCUAUUCCAUUCUCGAUGAAAAUUAUUGCAAUCUCAUCAUGGUACGAAACCUUCUCUGCACUAGCAGCCAAUAUAUCAAUAGAAGCAGAUGAACAUGACAAUUACAAUUUUACUUCGGUAAAUCUAACUGAUAUAAAACAUGUGAUCAAAGAAAUAUGCAAGCAAUCAUGGUCGCAUGUGCACAAACCUACUAAACAUCGACCAUUUUUAUGUUUCAAUUCUAUUCAUCAGUGGACAUUAUUCGAGUUUGGAUUUCACAUGACAGAUGAAAAUUUAAAAAACUUUCAAAUCGUUGACAAAAUCAAUUCGAAUAACAUCGGUUGGACGUUAGGUUAUAUGAUCAAUCAAACAAAUUACUUAAGUCCUGAACAUCGACCUGCACGAUUAUUAACUCAACAAGAAUUUAUUAUCCUUCUAGUUCUAUCUAUUAUAUUGUUUUUGACUGGUUCAAUUACGACAACGGUUAUCAUUUAUCGUUAUAAACAAUACUAUCAACAGAGCAAAACAAUAUCUCGAAAAAACGAAAUAUUCAAUGAAAUCAAUAUUGAAAAUUAA